AUGUCAGUCGUGCCCGUGGUCACGAAAGUGCUAGAGCCAUCUGAGGAUCUAAAGAACACGCACACAUAUAAUAACGAGAAAAAGGUAUCCAAGAGCCCGAAGAGGUACACCUAAAAAUCCCUGCAGCACCGUAUGCGUGCCCAAAAACUGAACUGCACGUCCGUCCCACCGUUCGACUACAGUAGCAUCACCCCCUCCCUGUCCCACUCUAUACCAAAACGGAAGAUUGCCGACUACAGCAUACUGCUGUCUGAAGUGCUGUCUG